GUCGAGGCAUUUACGUCGAGUCGUAUAUAGGGUGAAUCUGACAUAAUGCGUGCGCUUGUCGAGGGAACGGAUCUUUUAUUUAUUUUUUUUCUUUUUCAUUACUCCACGAUCUUUCCCGUCCGCGAAUCUACGUAUGUACAACCUGGUACCACAUAUUUAUGUAAAUACAAGGCGAAUGUAUACAUGAUAAGUGUAUGGGUGCGUGACACGAGUUACUCUCUCUCUAACCACUACCGACACAAACGACUUUCUUGUUAAGAGUGUUGUGCACAAGUUUACGGUAAAUUGGAAAUUGCCCACGUGCUUUCUCGGCAUGGAUCUAGAGAGCUGUCAAAAAAGUUCCGAUAAAAGCUUUGAUACCGAUGACGAUUCCGAUUAUGCCAUGAUAAGACAAAUAAAAAUGGAACCGGAAACAAUCUUCUCGCCUUCCGAGGAUGAUAUCAUGGCACAACUGCAGCAAGAUAGUUCCGACUUGGAAGUAGAACCCAGUUUUACAUUGGAAGGCGCUGUAAAUGGCGAUUAUUGCAACGAGGGAAUAUUAAUGCAGCAUAUGGAUAUCAGAGAACCCUUAUCUACAUUGAGGAGUCUUUUGGAAGAGAGGCUUUCGAUAGAUUUGAAAAACUAUUCAUUUUGGUUGCAAAAUUCAACAAUGCUGGAAAGCCAUAAAACCUUGGUCGAUCAAUGUAUCCAAGGAGAGGGACUAGUUCAGAUUAAUGUACAAAUAAAGCCUAUGCAGAAACGUAUCAAUAUAGCGGAUGUUCUCAAGCCGGCGGAAGAUUACAUCGAAGUUGUGGAAAAUAAUUCACCAGUGCCUGUUGCUCAAGAAAAACAAAACGUCAUAAAGUGGACGUUGGAUGCGCAGUAUAAAAAAGAACAGGAACGCUUAAAAAUACCAACUGAUCCGAAGGAUUGGUCAGAAACACAUGUUAAACACUGGCUGCAAUGGGCCGUUAGACAAUUUAAUUUAGUAUCGUUACGUUUGGCCGAUUGGAAUAUAACUGGAACGCAGCUGUGCAACCUCAGCAUGGAAGAGUUUCAUGCAAAAGUGCCUCUUGAUCCGGGGGAUGUGUUUUGGACACAUUUUGAACUUCUUAGGAAAUGCAAAUUCGUCGCUGUAGUGCAAAAAGAUGCACCAGAUUCUUCCACUGAAGGUACUUUGGAAAAAUCUAUUAAAGCGCGAAAUCAAAAAGCAGCAAAACCGAGACCUGCGGUGAACCAACAAGCUCGCGUAAUUAACAUGCCAUCGGAGAGUGUCGAUCCAGCUUCGAUCACUAUUGCUACUUCCAGUCGAUCCGUUAACAGUGGCCAAAUACAACUGUGGCAAUUUUUAUUAGAGCUACUAACGGAUAAAGAAUAUAGAGAUGCAAUUCAGUGGAUUGGAACUGAAGGAGAGUUUAAGCUUAAUCAACCAGAAGCAGUGGCACAAUUAUGGGGAGCACGUAAGAAUAAGCCAUCGAUGAAUUAUGAAAAACUGAGUAGAGCGCUUCGAUAUUAUUACGAUGGUGAUAUGAUCUCUAAAGUUCACGGCAAACGAUUUGUUUAUAAAUUUGUUUGUGAUUUAAAGCAGUUAUUGGGCUAUUCAGCCGCAGAAUUGAGUAAACUUGUCGAUGAAGGAAGAAGGUAUUUCUGAUGAAGUCAUACAUUUCUAGUUGCUGUUAAUAAAGAAGAGCUUUCAUUGGAAACAUCUCAUGAUGUGUCUAUUAUUUUAUUCAAUAUAAUAAUUUGUAAAGUAUUACGCAUGUGCAAAGUAUAUAUGCAAAGUUAUUAUCGCAUCAUAUUACACUACAUUUAUCAAGUUUA